AUGGCGCUGAAAGAGAUGUGGGCAACUCUCCAAACGUUCCGAGUGGAAGAAGACAGCUUCCCAAUGAUGAUAGAAAACGUCGCCCUGUUGCUGCGAACGAUGAUCAUAAAUAUCUUCAAUCAUAAUAAAUACAAGAUGUACUGGUUCUACUACGUGGUGACGUUCAUCUCUGGGGUCUGCUACUGCUACGUGUUCAUCAUCUCCAUGCUGUGGAUGGUGUUCGUGCGCUAUCGGAAGACCAAGAACUACACAGCAAUGGCCGCCGCCGUGUCGCUUACGUCCUGCAAUGUCACUUGCAUUACUAAGUUCCUCUUUAUGAUAAUACACGUAACUCACAUCAGAGAUAUAACUGAAAAGUAUGUAAAAUUCGACUCCCAGUUCGAACCUGAAUCUAGAUUUGCGGUAGACUUGCGUACACAUCUGCGCGUGGUGAAGAGCCGAGCGUUGUAUAUAUGGACAGUCCUGGUCGUCAACUGCAUUGUAUUCGUCUUGAUCCCUCUGCUGAGGCCUGGUAGACACGUCACCGAGGAGAUGUAUAUCCUUUACGGCUUGGAACCUAUGCUGGAAUCACCAAACUACGAAAUAGUGCAUACAGUGAGCGCUAUUAGCGUAGGCUUCUGUGUAUACAUAAUGGUAAACGUCGCGGUAUAUGUUAUAGUCAUCAUCGGAUAUAACGAGUCUCAAAUGUAUACACUGAGUUUAGAAGUAAGAAGUCUGUGGGACGACAGCCAAAACUUCUAUAAUAACAUAAAACACAAAAUAAACAAUAAAGUUUAUGGCUCAUACAUAAAAGAUACAAUGGUCAACGAGUAUAUACGGAUUCGUCUGAAACAAAUAGUUGGCUAUCACGUAGCAAAUAUUCAUCUUUUCCACGCAUUGAAUAAUGAAUUUUUGAUAAUUCUCGCCAUUGAAUACACUCUAUUGUCUAUUGCCAUAAUAGGUGAAUUGCUUGGUGGAUUGGAAAACACGUAUCUACAAGUGCCAUACACUGUUGUCCAAAUAUAUAUGGACUGCCUUGCUGGACAAAGGUUGAUAGACGCUUGCAAUGAGUUUGAAUUCGCUGUAUACGAUUGCCAAUGGGAGAACUUUAACGCAUCUAAUCAAAAAACGGUUCUACUAAUGCUCGUGUUAUCUCAGAAAACGCUAAUGCUAUCAGCUGGUGGUAUGGCUAAUUUAAAUUACGAAUGCUUAAUGAAAAUACUGAGGUCAGCUUAUUCAGCUUACACAGCUUUGAAAUCUAGUCUAGAUCAUUAA